AUGUUUCAAAAGGAAAAACCCCAUGUCAAAAUGGGGUUCAGUAAAUUCUACUCUUUGAGGCCAAAAAAUGUUUUGCUGCAAGCAGCCAUGCCACAACAAGUUUGCCUCUGCCAGUACCAUGACAAUGUGAAGAUGCUCUGUGAAUGUCUUAGCAAAGAAGUACCAAGUUUUCUUUGGUAUUCUGGGUCAUUUGUUGAUCACUUUGUCUGUGACAGCACUAAAGAAAAAUGCACGAUGAACAAAUGUGAUAAAUGCCCUGCCUGGCUUGACAUUGUCAUGAAAGAUGCUCUUUUUGAUGAAGUUGUGCAGUGGCAACAGUGGGAAAGAGUGUCUCAUCCAGUUCAGUAAAAACAAGGCAAGUCGAAAGUGGUAAAGAAGAUGGAGAAAGUGAUCAAAGAGGGAACAGUUGAAGAAGCCUUACAUUGUCUUCAACAUAAAAUACCUUCUUUCUUGGAGCAUGAAUUUGUAAAGAGAAAACAAGCCGCAUUUUUUGAAGAGUGCAAAGCACAGCUGCAACCAGAUGAAGCAGUUGUCCGGGUUGACUUUGCUGAAAAUUACACCUGUCAGCACCAAGAUUAAAUUCAAGCAGUCCAUUGGAGUCAACAAAAAGUUACACUCUUUACUGUUGCAAUUUGGGCCAAAGGUUCUGCCAACAAUACAACGUGCAAUUUGCAUGUUUUAGCGAGUGAUGACCUCAGCCAUGACAAGAAAUCAGUGGCUGUUUUUAUGGAUACUGUGGUUAACAAUUUUAUCAGGAAAAGUUUUCCACAGGUCCGAGUUGUCAACAUCUUUUCUGAUGGGCCCAGCUCCCAAUUUAAAAACAAGUUCAUGGCUGGCUUCUACCACACUCUUCAGAGGAAGGGGUUAAGAAUUAAGUGGCCCUUUUUUGCCACUUCCCAUGGUAAAGGAGUGAUUGAUGGCUUGGGAGGAACUGUGAAAAGGAUGGUGUGGGGUGCAAUGUCCACCAGGAAAGUGUCAAAUGCGCAAGAUGCAGUGACCUUUGCGAAGAUCACAGCACAAUUUUGUAAGUCAGUCAACAUGCAACUAUGUCUUAAGAAAGACAUUGAUGAUUACAGCAACCACUGA